AUGAAUUCCUAUCAAUUUCCUAAAAAAAAGAUAUGUGUUACAAGUGCGCGGGUAAUGAUCGAUGUCGGUUUGGCCCGUACCACUACUGGUAACAAGGUCUUUGCCGUCUUGAAGGGUGCCUGUGAUGGUGGUAUGUACAUCCCACACAAGAAGACUCGUUUCGUUGGUUACAACGCCGAGACCAAGAAGUUGAACGCUGAGGUCUUGAAGAAGUACAUCUUCGGUGGUCACGUCGCCGAACAUAUGAAGCUCCUCCAAACUGAAGACGAAGAGGAAUACAAGAGACACUACUCCCAAUUCAUCAAGGCCAAAGUUGCCUCAAAAGAUUUGGAAGCCAUGUGCACCAAGGCUCACGUUGCCAUCAGAAAGGACCCAUCUGCCAAGAAGGCCGACAAGAAGAACUACAAGAAUGCCAAGUUCGCCAAGAAGGACAAGCGUACCCUCACCAAAGAAGAGCCCGUAUCAACCUCAUCAAGAAGUCCAUCGAAAAGAAGGUCGGAAGAAACUAAAUGUUCAAUUAGAUUUCAAACAACUUAA